UUGCGUCAUCAUCGCGCGACGGCUGUAAGGUUGUAGGGGUUGUACCUGACAGGCUAUUCCCAGGGGUUUAUCUUAGAGUUGGGAAAGGUGUGUAGAAGUGUUUGAGCGCUUGCGGAACCAGCGGACAGCAGCGGCCGGGCAAGAAUCCUUGGCCCUUAGAGGCCCUACGGCCGGGUCUGAUACCUGGGGGUGGUGAAAAGAGGGAAUCUUCUGCUGGUGAAGAGAGAAAACUGUGGAUCUGGGGCUCAGAGGAAGAAAAGUGGAAGGGCCGGUCCUGGGGGGAAGAAUAGUCGUCAAGACUGCCCUUACAGAAGAAGGAGCAGUAGGUGGAUCUUAGAAAAACAAUUCCACGUUCUCCAAACUCUUCCAAAGACAGUUGCGUUUCUUGUGAUCUGAUUCUAGCUCUGGGCUAAUUGGCCUGGGAUAGUUCAAUGUGUUUAUGUUCAUGGAGUCUAACAGUGCAGAUGAUAAUUGCCCAGGAAUGUAUUGCUUGAGACAGUUCACCUGCAACUUUACUACUUGAAAAUAACAUUGCUUAAGUGUAAUAUAGCAGAUUUAUUCUUACAGAAGAAAAACAAUCAGUGUUUUAAAAGCAGAACAGAGAGUUCUCGUGGCAAUCUUCCACCACUUUUGCUUUAACUUUUGGCUACUAAUUUUCGUUAAGAUGAACACCCACCCUCCCUCCACUUCCUUUGACCCUGAACGGCGAGUCCGGAGCACAUUGAAGAAGGUCUUUGGGUUUGACUCUUUUAAGACAACUUUACAGGAGAAUGCGACCAUGGCUGUAGUGAAAGGUGACAAGGAUGUCUUUGUGUGCAUGCCCACAGGUGCAGGAAAAUCCCUUUGCUAUCAACUCCCUGCACUGUUGGCUAAAGGCAUCACUAUCGUUAUUUCUCCUCUUAUUGCUUUGAUUCAGGACCAAGUGGACCAUUUGCUGGCCCUGAAGGUACAAGUGAGUUCCCUGAACUCAAAGCUUUCAGCGCAGGAGAGGAAGGAGCUGCUUUCUGACUUGGAGCAAGAAAAACCCUGGACCAAGCUUCUCUACAUUACCCCAGAGAUGGCAGCUGCAUCCUCCUUCCAGCCCACCCUGAAUUCCCUAGUGUCCCGCCACCUUCUCUCCUACUUGGUGGUGGAUGAAGCUCAUUGUGUUUCCCAGUGGGGACACGACUUUCGUCCUGAUUAUCUGCGUCUGGGUGCUCUGCGCUCCCGCCUGGCACAUGCCCCAUGUGUGGCCCUGACUGCCACAGCCACCCGACAAGUUCAAGAGGAUGUGUUUGCUGCCCUGCAUCUGAAGCAACCAGUUGCCACUUUCAAGACUCCCUGUUUCCGGGCCAACCUCUUUUAUGAUGUGCAGUUCAAGGAACUGAUUUCUGAUCCCUAUGGAAACCUGAGGGAUUUCUGCCUUAAGGCUCUUGGACAGAAGGCUGAUAAAGGGUUGUUGUCCGGCUGUGGCAUUAUCUACUGCAGGACUAGAGAGGCUUGUGAACAGGUGGCCAUAGAGCUCAGCAGCAGGGGUGUGAAUGCUAAGGCUUACCACGCAGGGCUGAAGGCUUCUGAUAGAACACAGGUGCAGAAUGAGUGGAUGGAGGAGAAGGUCCCUGUAAUUGUUGCAACCAUCAGUUUUGGAAUGGGAGUGGACAAAGCCAAUGUCAGGUUUGUCGUCCACUGGAAUAUUGCCAAGUCAAUGGCUGGGUUCUACCAGGAGUCUGGCCGGGCUGGCAGGGAUGGGAAGCCUUCUUGGUGCCGUCUCUAUUACUCUAGGAAUGAUCGGGACCAAAUUAGCUUUCUAAUCAGGAAGGAAAUUGGGAAACUCCAGGAAAAGAGAGGGAACAAAGCCUCUGACAAAGCCACCCUUUUGGCUUUUGAGGCCCUGGUGACCUUCUGUGAAGAAUUGGGGUGCCGCCAUGCUGCCAUUGCCAAGUACUUUGGGGAUGCUCCACCUGCCUGCACCAAAGGUUGCGACUACUGUCAAAACCCUGCUGCUGUGCGGAAACAGCUGGACGCCUUGGAGCACAGCAGCAGCUGGAGCAAGACCUGCAUCAGGCCCUCCCAGGGGAAUGGCUUUGACCCUGAGCUGUAUGAAGGAGGUCGCAGGGGCUACAGGGGCUUUAGCAGGUAUGAUGAAGGUUCGGGAGGCAGUGGUGAUGAGGGCAGAGAUGAGGCCCACAAGCGGGAAUGGAGUCUCUUCUAUCAGAAGCAGAUGAGCCUGCGCAAGGUGAAGGAGGGCAAAGACCCCAAGAUAGAAGAAUUCAUACCCCCAGAUGAAGAUUGUCCCCUGAAAGAGGCUUCUAGCAGAAAGAUUCCUAGGCUCACUGUGAAGGCCCGUGAGCACUGCCUGGGUCUCCUGGAGGAGGCUCUGAGCAGCAACCGCCAAGCCACAGGUUCCAGCAAUGGAACAGAACUCCAGGCCCAGGCCGUGCAGCUAGAAUAUGAGACAUUCCGGAAUGCCAAGAUGGCCAACCUCUACAAGGCCAGCGUGCUGAGGAAGGUAGCUGAGAUCCACAGAGCCUCCAAGGAUGGACAGCUCUAUGACGUGGGAGGUGGUACCAAAAGCUGCAGUGCCCAGGCUGAGCCCCCAGAGCCCAAUGAGUAUGACAUCCCACCAGCCUCCCAUGUGUACUCGCUCAAAGCCAAGAGGGUGGGAGCUGGCUUCCCUAAAGGCUCCUGCCCAUUCCAGACAGCCACUGAGCUGAUGGAGAAGUCUCGGACUCAGGAGUCUUCCCAGCCUGUGCGGGGGGAUGAGCAAGAACCCCCCAGCCAGCCCUCUGGCAUCCAGGAUAAGGAUGUGAGUGAGGCCCUCCCUGGGCCCAAAGGAGAAGACCCUGGAGGUAGUGCUCACUGUGCAGGGCCCUCUGCUGAGAAGGUGAAAGCCUCUUCCAGAAGUUCAAAUACCAAAGCCCGGGCCAGCAAGAAGCAGCAGCUCCUGGCCACAGCAGCCCAUAAGGAUUCCCAGAAUAUUGCCCGCUUCUUCUGUCAAAGGGCAGAAAACCCACCUCCACUCACCACAGCCCCAAGGGCAGAUGGUGCCAGCCCCUCCUGUGGGAGAAAGCAGGAACCUCUGAUGACUUCAGAGAAGUACACAGAGGAAGAAGAUGGACUCCGGGGAUAUUUGAUGGACCCUCCUCAGACUGAGGCAUGUCCCAGUGAGGGGCCAAGCACCUGCCCUCUCAAAGACCGGGGGUUCCCUGAAGCCCAGCUCAUCUCCCCAAAGAAGACACAGAUGGGCAAGCGGCCCAGAUCCCAGCAGGAGAACCCAGGGAGUCGGGCUCAAAAGAGACCUCGCCCCCAAGCCAAGCCCUCCAUCUUAGCAGAGGUCAGGGGCAGUGCCUUGGGCAGUGAACAGGGUACCUUGAAUGCCCUGGCCCAAGACCCCUGCCAGCUGUCAGCUCCUGGAAUCUCCUUGAAGGAGGCUGCAGAUAUUGUGGUCAGAUACCUGACCCCCUUCUACAAGGAUGGCAAGUUUGCAUCCAAGGAGUUGUUUAAAGGCUUCGCCCGCCAUCUCUCACACUUGCUGAUCCAGAGGACCUUUCCUGGAAGGACUGUGAAGGAAGAGGCCCAGAGCCUCAUCAAGCAGUUUUUCCAUGGACACACCCGGUGCGAGAGUGAAGCUGACUGGCACAGCCUGUGUGGCCCACAGACAUGACCCCACCACUGGCUGGACAGGGCCAGCAUCCUGCCCGGACUCCAUCAUGGACCAGCCUGGGCCUCAUGCGGAAUUGGGCAGCUGUGCCAGCCUGCUGGUGCCUGGGGCACCAUCUUUCCCGGGGUCGUUCCCACUUCUAAUCACACCUUGCUUUGGAGAUGGCCCCAGACCCUCUCAAAUCUAGUCAGAGGCCAGAGGUUUGCCCAGCUUUCUGCCUGCAAAGCUUGUGGCCUUUUUUAGAGCCUCCUUGCCUCUCCUGACCCUCAUGGCUGGGUUUUCUGGGCCAGAUCCCCAGGUUAGAAGGGGAGGGUGGUGUGACUGCUACAAGGUUAAGAGGAAGAAGAAAGAGUCCUCUAUCUUGUACUUAAUAGGAUGGGUCUCAGCCAGGAGUGAAGCCCUCCUCUCCAAGGUAUUGGGCCCUCCCAGGUGCUCCACACCCGCUUCCCUUGAGAUUACAGGUACAGCGCUAUGGGGAGAGGGCAGCUGCCAGCCCCCCCCCCCCCCCGCUAAGCUCCUAGUCAGGAAGGACAGGCCUAACUGAGAUGUUGACAAGAAUAAAGUCCUGUUUGUCAGCA